GCACCAGGCAGGAGCGAGUUCUUUCAGCUACUAUGGAACAACAAGAUGAAGCUCACACUAGAGACAUGCAAGUUUGUGCAAAAGAAAUCUUGGAGCCAAUUAAUGAAAAAGCUGUUUGUCUGGUAAAGGGGAACAAGGAAGAACAGAGGAGGAGACAGUUUACACAGUAAAGCUGCUCAAAUAUCUUUUUAUGAGGAUGAAACCACUGUUAGUCUUCAAUCUGCAGUAACACAAAGAAAAUCACAAAAAGGCAGUGCUGAUAACACAUGCAUGACAGACCUGAGCUCAUACUGCCACCCUGUCCAGCACCAGUACUUUAAUGGUUGGAACUGCAUGCCCCAACCUACAUUACUGCCCUCGCAGACACAGCCUGAUGAUCACCGGUGCCAUGGGAGCGGUGCGAGUCAACAGAUACAGCAUUGCUUCCACAGAUGAAGACGCCUUGAAGAUCUCCAGCCUGGGCCUACACAACGGCCACAGCCCUCUGAAUCAGCAGACACUAUCCGGGGCUUGUAUGUGUCGUGAGGAGGGAGGAGAAGGGGGAGAGUGUCCAGGAAGUGAUGAAGGAAGAGGAGCUUUGUCUCUGAGAGUGACAAAUGAACCUAUCAUCCACAACAGCUGCCGUGCUUCACCUUCAAGUCGCGUGGGCCUGGAGGUGGGCACUGGCCGUCUGCGUAGCCGCUUUGUGAAGAAGAAUGGACAGUGCAACGUGGUGUUCAACAACAUGGAGGAUAAGCCACGGCGAUACCUGGCUGACAUUUUCACCACCUGUGUGGACAUACGCUGGCGCUACCUACUGCUCAUCUUCACCACUACCUUCCUCCUGUCUUGGCUACUGUUUGGCCUGAUCUUCUGGGGCGUGGCACUUGCUCAUGGAGACUUUGACCUUCGCAUUCCUGUGAAGGACACGGAUCCUAGGAGUUUUGUUGGAGAGAUAAAAGAUGAAUGGCGGCCAUGUAUUCUUCACAUCCAUGGUUUCAUUGGUGCAUUCCUGUUCUCCAUAGAGACCCAGACCACCAUUGGAUAUGGGUUCCGGUGUGUCACUGAAGAGUGCCCACUCGCUGUGGUGACUGUUGUGGUACAGUCCAUCGUGGGCUGCAUUAUCGACUCCUUCAUGAUUGGCACCAUUAUGGCAAAGAUGGUGCGGCCCAAGAAACGAGCGCAGACCUUGCUGUUCUCACAUAAUGCUGUUAUUGCACUGCGAGACGGGAAGCUGUGCCUCAUGUGGCGUCUGGGGAACUUGCGCAAGAGCCACAUUGUUGAGGCUCACGUGCGUGCUCAGCUCAUUAAGCCACACGUGACAGCGGAAGGCGAGUACCUCCCUUUGGAGCAAACGGAUAUUGAUGUUGGCUAUGACGAAGGGCUAGAUCGGCUGUUUCUGGUGUCGCCGUUGGUGGUGGUCCACGAGAUCAAUAAGAACAGUCCUCUGUAUGACCUGAGCCGCAGUGACCUGCAGAAGGAGAACUUUGAGAUUGUGGUAAUUCUGGAAGGGAUGGUGGAGGCCACAGCUAUGACCACUCAGGCCCGUAGCUCCUACUUAGCAAGGGAGAUUCUAUGGGGCCACCGCUUUGAGCCUGUGGUCUUUGAGAAGGGUGACCGCUAUCACGUGGACUAUUCCCGCUUCCAUAAGACCUAUGAAGUGCCAUCUAUGCCUAACUGCAGUGCCAGGGAACUGAGUCAGAUGAUGGGUUGUGACAGGCAGUCCUCAUCCUCCAGCUCGAGUUACUCCCAGUCUCCAUCAUCGUUUCCCCCAAGGGCAGCCCACCGUCUACUGGGCCCUCACUCCCCUAGCGCUUUCUGCUAUGAAAAUGAGGUAGCUUUGUGCUGUGGGGAUGAUGAGGAUGAGGAUGUGAAAAAAGAAGCAGGGAGCCUGAACCUUAGGAGUGACAGGGAUUUAAAGAUGAGAGAUGACAUUCAUUUGGGUUUCAAGGAGACUUUGGUGGAGGAACAGAUGGUGGAGAUGUUGUGUGUUUUGGACACAGAGAAUCAGAUCAGCUUUGACAGACUACAGCCCACCCUACCUUUAUACAUCAGCAGAGAGUCAGGAGUUUAAUCACUGGUAAUGGCUGCUGCUCCAUUUGUUUUCUCUUUUUGUUUGUGCACAACCAAAGUACUGAUCUAGUAACAAUGAAAGUUUGAACUGUGCAUCUGGUGGAAGAGAAGGAUAUGUUUGUAGCUGUCACAAGCUUCAGCUCAGAACUUGCUCUGAUCUCAGAUGUAGAGAAUGUGAAGGUACAACAUGCCAUGUUGAAUGUUGAGACAGGGGUGCCAUUUUUGGAGAUACGCACUGUAUUUAUCUGCAUACAUUCUUGUUUUGUUUGGUGAAAAAGUUGCUGAAAUUAUUUAGAUCUCACUUUACUAACUGCGGUAAUUCAGAAUGGAUAACCUUAGCUGGCUGUAGCUAACUUGGAGCAUACAUAGAGAUCCUGUCUACGAGAGCGACAGACUGAAAAAGGACUCACUGAUCUCAGCCCUCCAUUCAGGAGCUAAUGCUAGCUAGCAGCUGUCAGCAGAUAAUACAAACAUUGCACAUUAAUCCAUUUCUGCCCUGUCUGUGCUCAAACCGAACACUAAAGUGGACAUUUGGACAUACUUUAAUUGAAGCAUCCACUACUGUAUGUAGCUGUAUGGGAUAGUAUUUGUUUCUUAAAAUGAACUUAUAGAUGUAUUUAGUGUAUAUAUCUAUGACUGAUAAUAAGCGUGAUGCUCCAAACAUGGCGCAUUUACCCAAAAUUCAACACAGUGUGUCAGCUUCACAUUCUCUAUUGUACACUUUGUAACAUCAGCAUCUAUAAAAUGCACAACUCAUUUACUUUUAACCAUGAUGACCAGGUAUUUCUCUCAGAUCAUGAGGUAGCUUGAAAACUUUAUUGCUCUCCUGUUUUAUUCGGUUUGACCUGUUGAUGAUCUAUAGUUAGGUCAAGGUUUAUGUUCUUGAUUUCCAUUCAUUUUUUUGUAAAUAUGGUUUUUGUGUUUUUGUUUUCAUAUUAAAACGAUUAUACAUCAUAUACAGAUAAGGUUAUAGAGAGAAAAAACAGAACACUGGGAGAAAAAUAUAUUCAUUUUACAGGAAGCAUGGCAUAAAUGUAUUUUGAAAGUCUGUCUUCCUGCCUGAGUUCUGUUACUUCUCCUAUCUGAUAAAUAACUUACUUGGUUUUUCAAGAUUUAUCACAGUUUAUUCCAUGAUAGAUAACAAAUUUAAGCAAAUGAAAUUCCGAAACAGCAUCCAAAUCAUUAGUUAAACAUGUACAGACAAAGAACAAGCACUUUAUUUUUACUUUUAUCAAUAGAUGCAAACACUUUGCAAUAGUGUGUUGUUUUGUAUGAACAAAGCGCCAAAUAAAAACAGUACAUGCUGUUAACACCUGAACUGUCUUUGAUUAGUCUCUAUUGCACAUUUCCAUUAUUUAACACUUGUGUCGAGUUACAUGGGAUCACAAACAUGUCUUAUUUGAUUACCUCUUUCUUUAUGACACGAACACUGCUGGUUAACCUAAGCAGGCUGGGAACUCUGGGAACCUCCUGAAGCCCCAAAGGUCCCAGGUUCAAUGUGUGUCUAACUAAUGACAUUACCAUCAGCCACAAUUGUACUUGUGUUUACUCCUAAUUUGGUAAAUGUUAGUAUUCUAACAUGCUAGACAAAGGUGACCAUGAUAAACAUUAUACCUGCUAAAUAUCAACAUGUUAACAUUCAGCUCAAAGCCUCACAGAGCUACUAGCAUGGCUGUCGCUGGUUAUUUGCCAGAGAAUCUGCACCACAGUUGGCCUCCACAUUGUCAUGUCCCGUGCAUUUGUCAAAAUCUAGUUCUCUGUAGUAACUGUGCAUUCAAACAGAACACAAAAUGAAUUUUAUAGGCAGCAUUAUUAUAUACAGCUCCAUGGAACGGCAUGACUAGGUGCAAAUUAACAAGGGAUGGCACUCCACUCCAGUUAAAAGUGUGUCAGCUUGACUAUAAAUGGCAGAAACAGCCAGGGUUUGUGGUGAGGUUUGGCUUGAGUCAGUGCCUUGAAAACACACAGGUACACGCUCAGAGACAAUGAGUGUUCAUUGCUAAUUAGCGUCCUGCUAACACCUGUACAGCCAGGGCAUUGGCUAUUGAGGCAAAUAAACUCAAGCUGUCCAUUGGUCAGAUUUGUGCGGAUGAUUCAAACCUCACCCACCCACAGCUGAUGAAAUAGAUAAAAUGAUUUUUUUGAGUGUUAAACUUUUAAAACUCUGUGGUUGUUUAUUCUAGUGAUGAAGAAGCCUUGUAGAUGAAUAGCAAUGUCUUCAGAAAUGUAAAGCACAAGCUCCCUUUGGCCACAACCAGAUUAAGCUCUUAGGAGGCCCUAAAAAUUUACUGUUGGGUCCCUGUUAACCCUGACAAAACAUGGCAGUUUGAUUAUUUCACCAGGCAACACAAAAGCCCUCUAGAGCUAAAAGUUGAUUAAUCCAUUAUUAAUUAUUUAGUCAAUUGAUUAAUCAAUUAUCCACUUGUCAUAAACUUUUUUGGCAAUGAGUCUGAUUAACUGAUUAAUGGGCUGAAUAUUUUUUAGCAAAUGGUCCAAAAUCUCUCACAUAUUGAUAUUUGCUAGUUUUCAGAGAAUAAAGUCAGCAAUGUGUUUUUGGUUGUUUGUAAGUCAAAGUGAAUCCAUCUGAAUAUGUUAAUUUGGGUUUUGGGGGGACAAUAAUGGGCAUUUUUUAUUAUAAUUUCUGACAUUUUAUUUUGACUUACUAUUCAUUCAGUUACUAAAGAAAACAACUGUCAGACCUAAUGGUUAUGGUAUGAAGUGUUGUAGGAGGACAGUGUUUCUGACUGUUGUGCAGGCGCCCCCAUGUGGUUGAAUAGUGACACCACAGUGUGCAACAGCAUCUGUACUGUUUCAUUUGAUGCUAUUUUCUCUGCAGGUUUGUUGGUACUUAUAAGUAUAACCUGUACCGAAGUACAGGUUAUAAUAACUCAUUCUAAACUGAAUGGCUAUUAAGGUUAAUACAUAUUUCCAUCCUCCUAAAACUGCUUUCCUUAUUUACAGUUGAUGGGUUUUCAUUGGAAUGCACUACGACUGUUAAAAUCUAGGUAAGACACAAAAUAGUAAUAGAUUUUCGAAUAGAUGCUGCAACCAAAUCUUGGUUCAGAUCCAAGUUUGACAGAAAAAGUCCCAUGAUCAUCCAACCUGCACAUAGACAGUACCAGUGCAAAGACACAGGAUGUCAUUGCUGUGAGGUGACCAUACUAACCACCGAACCUCUGUUCCUUAUUAAUGUGACUCAUUAUAGAGCAAUGUCCUCUACUUUUGGCCCUGCAGAUGUUUAUUUCCCUCUUGUGUUCGUACAGUUCUUAACAAUACUAAACAAGGUAGCACCUUUUUGGCUCAAAUUGUUUUACCUGAUAGAUAAACAGUCCAAGGGAAACAUCCUCCGCCAGCUGUAAUCUCAUCAUCCAAUCUCUAAUGUGGUUAAAUAUCAUCACCUGUUCCCUCUAACAAGCCAUUUCUCCUUAAUGAAGUCUUCCCCUGUCCCUGCUGUCAUCCCAUCCUGCUGUGUUUUGAUGCUGGUUAAUUAACCGGACUGUCACACCCCCGUCAUCAGCAUCAGUGAGGUAGAGCAGCUGGGUGACCUCUUUGACCUUUCUUACGGCUGCUAAUUGCUGACUAGGAUCAUGUCUAAUAAGGUGGUGUGUAUUCAUCUUCACGUAGGUUAAGUGUAUGCAUGUGCUUUCAUGUGUGUCACACCAUAUAUCUAUGUGCCCUCUUUGGCCUCACUGGCUGUUUGUGGCUUUGGGCUGUGCGACCGGAGCCACUGACUGUGUGUGUGUGCUCAGCGGGGGACAGUAUUUAGGCACCGGGAGCUGUGACCAGGGGAUCUUCGAUUCCAUAAUGUGCUGUUGUGUGCUGUGGAGCUGUAAAGCAGUUUGCUGUGGGGACAGAGGAGCACUGUGUGCAGCUCAGCACAGCUCAGCUCAGCAGAAGAGGCCUGGCUGAGCUGAGCUGGGAAGCACCACAGGGCAAACAGCUUCUGAAUGCUUCUGUGCGUUUGUUUGUCUACUGCUUCUUCUGUCUGCUUGUUCUGUUCUCUGUCUGCCUUCUUCAGUCCUGUG